UAGCGCGUGCUGCUGGUGAUCUAGCUGUAAUUGGGAAAAAGAAAGCACACUAACUGAAGGGUACACACGUCGAUUGUGCACGCCCACGCCCAGCAGCAGUUGCCCGUGCAGUGCGCAUGGAGCGCGCGCAGGAGGACCAGUCCCUACAGUAGAAGCCCACCCAGCCGUGGAGCCGCGAGCGUGGUGUUGAGAGGAGAGCGAGAGAGUGAGAGAAGAUGGACGGAGUCGGAUCUUUUGGAGCGGGUCGGACUGGGUCUACGCUAGACCCGAUCGCAUUUGUUAAGAAACCACAGACCAUCCUCAGAGUUCUGUCGUGGAUCUUCUCGCUGGUGGUGUUCGCCUCCAUCGUGAAUGAGGGCUACGUCAACAUGGGCAGCGAGCGGCUGCACUGCGUGUUCAACAAGAACGCUGAUGCAUGCAACUACGGCGUGUUCGUGGGCCUGGUGGGCCUCCUGGCCUGCUCCUUCUUCUUCCUGCUCGACUACAAGUUCUCCUCCAUCAGCUCGGUCAAGGACCGCAAGAAGGCCGUCAUGCUGGAGAUGGGCUUCUCCGGUUUUUGGGCCUUCCUGUACUUUGUGAGUUUCUGCUUCUUGGCCAAUCAGUGGUCUCGGACCACUCCUGACGAGCUGCCACUCAACCAGGGGGCGGAUGCAGCCCGGGCUGCCAUCGCCUUCUCUUUCUUUUCCAUCCUCACCUGGGCGGGCCUGACAGAGCGGGCGGUACAGAAGUACCUGCUGGGCACCGACAUGACCCUGUUCACCAGCGAGCACAUGGACGGCUCCGCCCCCGCCCAGCCCUACCCCUCCAACUCACCAGGGGGCACCACUACUGGCACCGGCACCGCCGGCAGCGCCGGAGUGGAGGGCGCGGCAGACACCUACCAGAACCCCCCUUUUACUGAGAACAACGCAGCCCCUACCUACCAGGUCCCCAUCUACUAGGAGCAUGGAAGGUGGUUGAGGAGGAGACGCUGCG